AUGAGUGGUAAUACCUGUUUCAUCCCGAUCUCGAAGCACUUGCGGAGUCGACAGCGGCGGCAGAACUUUCUGGUCUACAAAUGCUAUUUCGACGAGAAAUGCAAAUUAGAUUCAGUCACCAGAAAGUUCUGCCGCCGCUGUCGACUCCGCAAGUGCUUCGAGAUCGGGAUGAAACAGGAGUGGAUUCUUAACGACGAGGAAAAACAGGUGCGACGGAAGAAGAUUGAGGAGAAACGGAGCAAAAAACGCAAGAAUUCGGUCCAAAGCUCGUCGUCGGAGACAAAGUCGACGUCGGACUCCAACACAUUCAACGAACUCGAGUACAACCGGUUGACGGAGUUGUUUACGGCGCUCAACAUUAUGCAGACGCCGUUACCCGAGAAUAGCGUCGAAAUGAAGUCCAUGGACGAGAUGUGCACCAUUAUGGCCACCAAAGUGGACAAGGAGAUCAGGGCACUGGUCACUGUGUCCAAGAAUUUGAGCGCUUUCAACACGAUGUGCGAGAAUGACCAGAUCUCCCUGCUCAAGUACGGGUCCCUCGAGAUAUUCAGUAUGCGGUCUGUACUCACGUACGACUUCAUCAACGACUCGUGGACUUUGGUUAUGGAUAACAAUCAAUCAAUAUUACUGAGGUUUAGUAACCUGGAGUACGACUAUGUGUUCGCCGCCCACAAGAAUUAUUUAAGAAAAAUAGGCAAAGAAUGGGAUUCCGAUCCAUAUAUUCUGGAUUUGUUGACAGCUAUAGUACUAUUUAAUCCGGAUCGUCCAAACCUGAUACACAAGGAUAUGGUUAAACUUCAGCAACAAAUGUAUAUGUAUUUACUUCAACGCUAUCUACUGCUUAAAAGUAAAUCCGAGUGUCACUCAAAAGAGAAAUUCCUGAGACUAUUGAAUACAUUACACGAUUUGGAAGAAUUCAACAAGCUCAAAAUGACCAAAUGUGCGCAGAGUCGUAAUGCACCGGAGGCUUUCGGACCACUGCUCAGGGAGAUAUUGGAUAUUAGCAACUAGAUACUUUGUUCAUACGUUUAGGGAAUAUUCAUUCAUGUUUUCCAAUAUAAAG